CAUCGGCUUCAUAGCACUAGCUGGUAUAAAGAUGUCAAAAAACUUGAGGAUGUUGUAAAUCGUGAUCAGAAAAAAAGAUGCAUGUGUCAAGAUAAUGGAAUUUUCUUGCUUGAGGUAUGGUAUGAUGAAAAACUGAAAAUAGUUAUUCCUGAACGAAUACAAAAAAUUAAGGAGCUCGCUAACCAAUUAACCUUAAAUUUAUAA